UGUUGUGCUGUUGUUUUUUGUUUUAACUUUGUUUUGUGUUUAAUUUCAGGGAAGGCUCUGGCAGAAGGUGGAUCAGCUCGGACAUCACUUCUUAUUUUAGUGUCCAUCUUCUUAUCAGCUGCUUUCCUCAUGUUCCUGGUAUAUAAAAAUUUCCCACAGCUUAGCGAAGAAGAAAGAGAAUGUAUAAAGGUUCCUAGAGAUAUGGAUGAUGCAAAGGCCUUGGGAAAAGUCCUAUCCAAGUAUAAGGACACGUUUUAUGUUCAAGUGUUAGUGGCUUAUUUUGCCACAUAUGUUUUCUUACAAACAUUUGCUAUUCCUGGGUCUAUAUUUCUCAGUAUCCUGUCAGGGUUUCUUUAUCCCUUUCCGCUGGCCUUAUUUCUUGUUUGUUUGUGCUCAGGACUUGGAGCUUCAUUUUGCUAUAUGCUUUCAUACCUAGUGGGACGUCCUGUUGUGUACAGAUACUUAACAGAAAAAGCAGUAAAAUGGUCAGAACAGGUUGAACGACACAGAGAGCACCUCAUUAACUACAUCAUAUUUUUGAGAAUAACACCUUUUCUUCCCAACUGGUUUAUCAAUAUAACAUCUCCUGUAAUCAAUGUGCCAUUGAAAGUGUUUUUCAUUGGCACUUUCCUAGGUGUGGCACCACCGUCUUUCGUAGCCAUUAAGGCAGGCACGACGCUGUACCAGCUCACAACGGCAGGGGAAGCUGUUUCCUGGAACUCUGUAUUUGUGCUGAUGUUUCUAGCCAUCCUCUCCAUCCUACCAGCUCUCUUGCAGAAAAAACUGAAACAGAAGUUUGAAUAAGGAUCAGACUGGACCAGAAUUUCCCAUACUUCAUCUCAGGAUCAGCACUUCUGAUAUUUGUAUAUUUGCUUUUCUAUUGGAUCUCAAGCAAUUAAAGGGGAGGCUUGUAAUUGAUAAGAUUGUCUUUCAAUGAGCACAUGGCCUAAAACUGAAGGGACUGUGUUCAGCAAUGUACUGCAUACAGUUUUGUAACCAAACCACCAGUGUUUUCCUUUGGGAGGGUGUGUGUGUGGCUUUCAGGAUGAGGAAAGUGAAAAUAUAGACGUAACACUUUG